AUGGCCUAUAAAACUCAAUUAAGCCCCCAAUACACAUCGCCAAUCAGCCCAACCUCAGCUUGGUUGGUUCUUCCCCUCAAACUAACCCCACCGCUACCCGCUUUGAGUUCUGCUGCCGCUUACAUGUAUUUUACGUCAAGCUCACAACUUUCUCCCGGGGCAACUGGCUGCAUGCGUAACAGGAAUGUUGGGCAUAGCCCUGCUGGCCCCUGUUGCGAGGAUACGAAGACGACGUCCCUUGACACGUUUUGUGUGCCAUGUUUGUCAGUGGGUUUGGCGGGAAAAGGGCAGGCAUUCUUACAUCUGCUACGUAGUUACAUGCAAAAAUCGCCCCACUCGAAUAGGCCAAAUAGAGAGCGGGAGGGGUUCAUGUCUUCUUCACAAACUGGAGACCGAUUUUCGAUGUAUUUCAAAAGCCCCCCACCCACAGGCUAUUCUCGAACGGGGCCCCAUGGAAGCAACAACGAGAGCCAAGGGAAACGAGAUGAGCAGUAA